AUGAGUAACGAACAAGCGUACUACGGUAGAGGCUUCAAGAAGUCAAUAGCUGAUACCCACUCAUGGAGAACAGUUGAUAAUUCCUCCAAAUUCAUCACAUCAGUACUUGAACCCAAUUUCAAAGUGUUAGAUGUAGGCAGUGGUCCCGGAUCUAUCACCAUUGAUUUGGCCAAGAAUUAUCUCACCGCUGGUGGCUCAGUUAUUGGAGUGGAGCCAACACAGGAGUUGAUUGAUACAGCAAACAAUUUGAAAGAUUCAACAGAGCCUCAACUAAACAAUGUCGAAUUCCAAAUUGGAUCUAUUUACGAGUUACCAUUUGAGGACAAUACUUUUGAUUUAGUACAUUCGCAUCAAGUGGUUAUCCAUUUACAGGAUCCAGUGAAAGGAUUAAAGGAACUAGCUAGGGUAACAAAACCGGGAGGCUAUGUUGCCGUGAAAGAUGCCGAUUUGGAUGCAAUUAUCGUAUCUCCAGAGAAGUACUCAAUCUUGAAGGAUUACUAUGUUCAAAAAGCCAAGAAUGCAAUCUCUACAGAUACAAAAGCUGGUAGGACAUUGAGAGAAAAGGCUAUCAAAGCAGGAUAUGAACCAGAGAAUAUCACCACUACCCAAUCUUAUUGGUUGUUAGCUGACGAUCAUCUGAGUAAAAAACAGUGGGCAGAACUAGCUAUAAAUAGAAUCAAGACUGGUGGGGAAAUCUUGUUCACGAAAGAUGCUAAGAAAAAUGAGGAAAUGUGCAACGAGGCAAUUGCAAAAUGGCAAGAGUGGGUUGACGAUAAUUCGUCAUUAUUCAACAUCUCCCACUUUGAAAUUGUAUAUAAGAAGCCAGUAGACAAGUGA